AUGGUGGCCGGUGGUGUUCAACAACCGCUGCUAUCCGGCGGCGACGGCAACGCGGCUGGUGCCAUCCGACAGAAGCCGCCGGACGGGGUCAAGAGGUUUCGGCGCUGCCGGACGGCUCCUUCCGCCGACCCUGCUGCGUUGGAAGAGCCUCGCCCUCUUACUCCCCCCGGCAACGCCAGUCGGACCGAAAGCGCGGCCUCGCCGGCCAAGGAAGUGCUCGAGAGCGGCCGCCCGAGCUCGAGCUUCCGCCUGGUGGGCCUGCUCCUCUUCGCCUACGUCGUCGCCGGCACCACCGCCUUCUACCUCGCCAUGGACCACAUGUCCGGGCACCGCAGCGGCAGCCGCGUUAUUGACGCGGUCUACUUCUGCGUGGUCACCAUGACCACCGUCGGCUACGGCGACCUCGUCCCGUCCAGCGACACCGGCAAGCUGCUGGCGAGCGCCUUUGCCUUCGGCGGCGUCGCCGUGGUUGGAACCUCCCUGAGCAAGUCCGCCGACUACCUGGUCGAGAAGCAGGAGUCGCUCGUCUUCCGCGCGGUCCACGCCAACGGCAAGCACCCGGCGCGGGAGCUGCGCGCCAUGGAGAUGAACAAGACGUGGUACAAGCUGUACGCGGCCGGGGCGCUGCUGGCGGCGUCGGUGGCGUCGGGGACGCUGGUGCUGUGGAAGGGCGAAGGGAUGCGACCCGUGGACGCCUUGUACUGCGUGUGCGCGACGGUGACCACGCUGGGGUACGGCGACAGGAGCUUCACGUCGUCGGCCGGGCGCGCGUUCGCGGCGGUGUGGGUGACGGUGAGCACGGUGGUGGUGGCGCUCUUCUUCCUGUACGUGGCGGAGCUGUACGCGGAGCGGCGGCAGAGAGCGCUCGCGCGCUGGGUGCUGACGCGGCGGACGACGAACACCGACCUGGAGGCGGCGGACCUGGACGGUGACCGGCGCGUCGGGGCGGCGGAGUUCGUGCUGUACAAGCUCAAGGAGCUCGGGAAGAUCAGCCAGGAGGAGAUCUCAGAGUUCAUGGAGGAGUUCGACAUGCUCGACGCCGACCACAACGGCACGCUGUCGCCCUCUGACCUCGCCGUUGCGCAGCCCACCACCGCUUGA